AACCUGUCAAGCAACUUCAGGAGCGCGUUCGGGAUUUCCAUCGCACUCAGAGUCGUAAUUAAACCUAUUUUUGAUUUUUCAGUAUGGAUUCGGAGUGUGUUGCCGACAAGCGCCUUGGAAGCUCAUGAAGAAGCCUGGAAUGCCUAUCCCUACACGAAGACUAGGUACUCGACCCCGAUGAUGGAUAGAUUCAGUUUGGAAGUGGAAACAAUGUACUUCAACGAUCCGGGUAAUCAAAACAACGUUUUCAAUCUGAACGCAGAGGACCUGAAGAACCGUAUUGUAGACGUGAUGGACUUUGUUAAGGACCCGAUUUCAUCCGGUGACUACUGUGCUGAAGAGGACCCUAAACUCUACCGAAGUCAGAAAACUGGUCGUGGACCUCUUAACGAGGACUGGGUAAAGGAUUGCGUUCGAGCAGGGAAACCCAUCAUGUGCGCCUAUAAGAUGUGCCGUGUCGAGUUUCGCUACUGGGGGUUACAGACCAGAGCUGAACGAUGGAUUCACGAUUUGGCGCUAAGGAACACGAUGCUACGAGCUCAUCGUCAAGCAUGGGCAUGGCAAGACGAAUGGGUCGGUCUGACCAUGGCCGAUAUCAGACGUCUAGAAGCUGAAGCAGCCGAACAUCUUUCAGCUGUCAUGGCCAAAGAGAACGAUGAGGCUGCAGAGGAUUCUGAUGCUUCGUCUGACGAUCUCUACUUCGACUGCAGUGACGGUUCAUCGCAACAUCACAAACCGUCGAUCAUUCGGUGGAGCUCAGAACUUGAACUGGAGAUAGUAGACGAGCACUCGCCUCCGUUGACUCCACGACCAAGUAGCGCAGCUUUGCUAAUCAUCGUAUUCCAUGGAGAAUUCGGUCCAGACAAUCCGGUCGAUGCUAAAACGAACGACACGAACACUUUCAGAUCAACGAUCGACUCACUCGUUCAACGACAUUAUCCACAAUUGAAAGGUCGGGUCCAUGUGUUGAUGGUAUCGUGCGGGUCGGAACUCGACCCGGUUGUCAAUCGUCUGUCAUCGAUCUCAUCCUCAUUUGGAGCUCUUCAUCCAUCAAUGGCACUGAUCAUAUCGAGUGCACAGGCUCUCUAUCAUGAUGCGAUUGAAGGUACAAUUCGGAGAGCAAAUGAGGCUUACAACGAAUUUAUCGAGCAACAGCCGCAAUUCAAUGGCGAGAUUUUCGUGGUCGGUGACACCCUGGGAGGUUUGCUGCUCUACGAAGCUCUGACCAAAUAUGAUUUGAGAACACGUCGUACGAGCUGCACAUCUAGGCCGAGCAUUGGAGAAAUGGAUGGGGUGCUUAAUCACGUACACUCGCCACUGCUUACCGAGUCACCCAUCAACAAAUCACCAUCAAUUAAGUCAGUGAAUGCACGAAGCAGCCCUUCACUUCUUCCUCAUCCACCAACAAAGAAGAAGGCAUCGGUUGGAUCCGCUUCAGUCGAAAGUGUUAUGGUCCAAACUCGCAUCGUAUUCCAACCGACAACGGCGUUUCUUUUGGGAUGUCCUCUUGGUUUGGUGCUGACACAACGGAAAUUGCUUGGAUACGAUAUCGAUUCGCUGGAAUUAUGCCAAGUAUUCAAUCUGUACUAUCCACUUGAUCCUUGUGGUGCUCGACUAGAACCGGUCCUUAACCCGCAUCUCAGUUUGCUUCAACCUGCUAACGUUCCAAGAUAUCAACGUUUUCCUGUAGGAGACGGUCGUUCUUUGUAUUUCGAUUCAUCGGUUGAUCUCACCCCUCUAUGGGGUAACAAACGUAUGGACCAUGUCCUCUAUUGCCCUACAGUGUUUGAAAUUAUUUGUCGUUGGUCACCGAUUGAUUCUUUGUUGGUAGUUUCAGCAAUGGUUGCUCUUCCGUCAUCAGCUUUGCCAAAUAUUUUACACGCAUCUUACUGGGAAUCGAUGGACACCGCAGCCUUCAUACUUCGACAAUUCGUCAGAACUGAAGAAUCCGUUGCUACCACACUGUCAGCGAGCCUUAACCAUCUACCGCUAAAGAUAGAGCUACCACCAUUGCAAUGGAAGAGGAAGCGGACUCGUUUCAAGGUAUCGAAUCUUUCACCGAACCAUCGGGCGAACGACGUUCUCGUGGUUGCCGGCAAUGAAGUGAGCGUCAUGGCAAAGUUUUGCUACGGCCCAAUGGAUUUAGUCGCAUUGACAAGGGAACAAGUGUCCGUCUUCCUUUGCCCGCAAAGAGGAGACUGGUAUGAAGUUGGCGUGUAUGAGGUGGAUUCUCAUGGUCGACUGGUAGUCUCAUUGGGGACAUCACUCCCAUGUGGUAUUCAUUCUCUCAAGAUGGUGGUGCACGGUGAUCGAUCGUAUUUGGACGCCUUCAUAGCAGUUGUACCGUCGACAACUCGUUGUGUAGUGUUUUCCGUUGAUGGUUCAUUGACCGCUUCGGUUUCUGUCACUGGAAAAGAUCCACGAGUACGCCCAGGUGCUGUUGACGUGGUGCGCUACUGGUUUGAGCAGGGUCAGGUAAUACUGUAUCUGACUGCUCGCCCAGACAUGCAACAACGAGUAGUGUCAGCAUGGUUGGCUCAGCACUGUUUCCCACACGGUCUUCUACUCUUCAAUCCGUCCUUCUCAACAGAUCCGUUAAAACAGAAAUCACUUCAUCUGAAGCAGAUAGUCGAUAUGGGAAUACGGAUACAUGCAGCAUACGGAAGCAGCAAGGACGUGGCGGUGUACUGUGGCGCUGGUGUUGAUCCUAAACGAAUCGUAUCAGUAUCAGGUGCUCGUCGGCGGACAUGCAUAGCUAUCGAUAGCUAUUCAAGUCAUCUGGAGGAGCUCAUCAACGGUGGAUCACAACUGUCUCAAGCUGUUGAAUUGACCGAACAGAUCAACACCUUAGGAUUAGCAACGUCACAUCAUCGGACCGUACAGCGAACAACGUCAUGUACUCCAAGAGGUGGGAAAUUCGAGAACGAACGUCGGUGA